AGUCCGGAGACCCGGAGCUGCUGCUGCUAACGGCGGCAAAAAUUUGUAACUGGAUCAAAAGUGAUGUGAAGUAAGCCAGUGAUCAAGAUGACUCUUCUCCCAGGAGAAAAUUCAGACUAUGACUACAGUGCCCUCAGCUGUGCUUCAGAUGCCUCCUUCAACCACCCUUUAUUUGCUGAAAGAGAAACUCUGAAGGGGGUCUUCUACCAAAGAGCCAAGCGUCUUCAUCCUGGCAAAGACCUCUACGAAAGUGUCCGCCCAGAAGAAAGGAAACACUAUAUCAUCAUUAACGUGGGUGGCUUUAAAUACUUGCUCCCCUGGACCACCCUGGACGAGUUCCCCAUGACUCGCUUGGGACAGCUGAAAUUCUGCAACAAUUUUGACGACAUCCUCAAUAUUUGUGAUGAUUACGACGUGACUUGCAAUGAGUUCUUCUUUGAUCGCAACCCGGGAGCAUUUAGGACCAUCUUGACUUUUCUGCGGGCAGGGAAGCUCCGGCUCUUGAGAGAGGUGUGCGCCCUCUCCUUCCAAGAAGAGCUGCUCUACUGGGGCAUAGAGGAGGACAGCCUAGAGUGGUGCUGCAAGAGGAGAUACCUCCAGAAGAUGGAGGAAUUUGCAGAAAUGAACGAAAUAGAGGAUGAGUUUUUGGACUGCGAAAACCCUUCUGAAGCAACAGGAACAGAGACAAAAGGCAGCCUAUGCAUGAAAAAGUUACAGGACAUGGUGGAGAAGCCUCAGUCAGGGAUCCCUGGGAAAGUGUUUGCCUGUUUAUCUGUCCUCUUUGUAACAGUCACAGCAGUUAAUCUGUCUAUCAGCACCAUGCCUGGGUUACGAGAAGAAGAGGAACGAGGCGAGUGUUCUCAGAUGUGCUACAACAUUUUCAUUGUGGAAUCUGUUUGCGUCGGAUGGUUUUCCUUGGAGUUCCUCUUGAGAUUCAUCCAGGCACCAAGCAAAUUUAUAUUUCUGCGGCACCCUCUGACAUUAAUUGACAUAGUUGCCAUCCUGCCCUAUUAUAUCACUUUACUACUAGAUAGUGCUUCAGUGAGUAGCAACAAAAAGCCAAGCUCUGGCAACAUUUACCUGGAUAAGGUAGGCCUGGUGCUCCGUAUACUCCGUGCCUUGAGGAUUCUCUACGUCAUGCGGCUCGCCAGGCAUUCACUAGGUCUGCAGACCUUGGGACUCACAGCUCGUAGGUGCACACGUGAAUUUGGACUGUUGCUGCUGUUCCUUUGUGUAGCCAUUGCACUUUUUGCUCCCCUCUUGUAUGUGAUUGAAAACGAGAUGGCAGACUCUCAGGAGUUCACCAGUAUCCCUGCUUGCUAUUGGUGGGCCGUUAUCACUAUGACAACAGUGGGCUAUGGCGAUAUGGUACCCAGAAGCAUCCCAGGCCAGGUGGUGGCUCUGAGCAGCAUCUUGAGUGGCAUCCUUCUCAUGGCUUUUCCUGUCACUUCCAUUUUCCACACGUUUUCCCGUUCAUACAUUGAGCUGAAGCAAGAGCAAGAGAGAAUUAUGUACAGGAGGGCGCAGUUCUUAAUGAAAACCAAAUCCCAGUUAAGCAACGCAUCACAAGGGAGCGACGUAUUUCCGAAUAUGCCUUCAGAGACCAGAGACAAUGUCUGAUAACGGAAGUUUCCAUGUCUGCCUGUUGCUGGGAAGCAGGAAUAGCUUUCCUCUUGGCAUUUGCGUCUGGAGGCACUUGGGAAACCUAUUGCACAAAUAAUGUGCAAAGGGCUUAUAGCCAUGAUGACAGUGAGAACUUUAACCAUUAUGCAUAUUCACGCUACUAUUAGGACUUGAAAUAAGAUUACUGCUUUUGGCAGAGUCUACAAAGGAGAAAGGACUUCUACGUAAGAUCACAAAGCCAUUUGAAAGGGAAAAGAAAAUGAGCAUUGUUGGCCAGAAGGAGAAGAGUAUAGAGUUACAUGCAGGCUGCAAAAUAUUCCAUUUGUAAUAUAACGAAAUGAGCCAUUUCCCUAGAAAACGACGGUGAAUGUAACAGUUUGGUCAUUUGGUUCAUUGAGUUUUGUUGUUCACUUCUGUCCGGACAGGUUAAAGGUAAACUUUAACCUUUCAGAGAUCCAAAUGAAUUUCUUGGGUAUAUAACUCCAUCGUUUGUAGUGGAGUGGAACAGUUUGCGUUGCACUCAAGAGAAAGUAACUUCUGUUUUUUGGUUUUUUUUUUAAAGUAAAUAAUUGGUGUUUGCUCCAGAGUGUAGAGCAAUCUCUCCAUCUCCUUCUCUCAUUCAGUUGCUGACAGCCUUCAUUUCAAACGCAGGACCCAUUAAACAGAUAGAGAUCACGAGAAUAAAUCAUUUUACUGUGUUUCUCUUUUUUUUUCCAGGCAUAAUUUAAAUAAGAGCAGAAAGCUGCUUGUUCCUAAACAGCCACAUGAUUAUUUGCAGCCUGUUUUUUUUUUUUUAAAUGGGAGACUUCUCUUUCCUUCAAGAGGGUGGGGGGAGUGUUUCAUUGAGAUGUUGUAUAACCAAGUUACAAGUUCCAUCAUGUCUGCCACUGGAACUUAGUUUUUCUAUUUGCACAAUUUUCUUUUGGAUUGGUUAUAACUAGAGCCCUUUAAACCUUUCAGUGCCCUUCGUGUUCAUCAGCCUAUGAAUGAAUGUGCUGUAGAGUUUCUCAUUCACUGUCUCUUGGAUACUGAAGAUGCUGGAGUAGCCAGAAAUGGUUUCCUGCUGUUCCCUCUAGUGUUCAUAGUAAAGAAAAAGUAGGAAUUUGUAAAACCAGCAAAUAUUGAAAUAUUAUACUUUCCUAGCUAUCAUCUCAUGGAUGUUGGGUAUUUUUUUUAAAAAAUUAGUAGAAGAAAAUAUCAAAUCUAGCUUAGUUGCCAAAAAUAUUAACUUGUCACUAAUGAGAACUCCUUUAGAGGAGCAGAAGUAAUAAUUACUAGAAGCAUUUCAUAUCUAUACACAGAGAGGGAGGGGGGAUGAGUACUCUGAAAUGCAGUGGUUUUCCCAUUAAUAAGACAUAACGGCUUCUGCUGUAUGCUUUGCCUUCUCCUAGUACAAUAAGCUUCAAAAUAAACAAAACAUAUAGAACUCUAAAAAGCAGCUAAGGAUCUUUCCUAGGGCAAUACGCUUUUUCAUUUGGGUGUAAUGCACACCAGCAUAAAGCAGCUUGAUUUCCAAUAAUGUGAAACAGCGUUUUUCUUGGCCUGAAUUAAACUAUGUGCUUGGUGAAACCUGUAGCAUGACUUGGCCACAAGCAAAAGACUUCCUUCCUCUCCACACACCCGCAAACCCCCUCCCCCUAAAGCUGGACAUGGUUCCAGUGAGAAAAUUCACAUGACUUCAUCACAUGUGCCUUUGCAAUGCAGACUUUGCAUUCAAUAAACUAUUUCUGCUCAGAUAGCCUAGCUGAUGCCCUAGGGCUGGUUUUUUAUGCAUGAUGCAUAAAGUAAUAAUAUUGUGGCUUAAUGUGAUCUAUGGAGCCCAUCGUUUUGGUCUACGAACCACAAUUUAUGCUUUGGUAUUCUAUGUGAAUGCAGCCAUCAUUACUUACUGAACAAAUUAGUAUUAAAAAGAACCAUGGAACAAAGGUCUUGUGCAGUUUUGUCAAACUAGGCAGGUAAUAAUGAUUACCCAGACUGACAAAAGAUCUAAAAUUAUGCCUUUUUUUAAAAAAAUCAGCAAUUUUUAGUACUGAAGAAGGUGUUGCACUGUAAUGGAUGGAUGAUGAACUGUAUUUUGGCAAAGAUGGGAAGUUUACUAGAGAAUAUGCAAUGGUAAGAUUAAUAAGAUCAGAUGGGCCUGAACCUUGAAAUAAAAUUGGUCUUCUGUGAUGGAUCACUUACAAUGUACAAUUCCAAUAAAGUUUACAAAGCCCUCAUCAACUUUGUAAAUUCAAAAACUAUUUAAAAACACCCAUAAUAACAGUUUAUUAACCAUCCAUCCGAUUUUUCUACUCCUCGUUUCUUCUUAAAAACUGUUCUAUAAUUCACAUUUAUUUUUGUACACAACUUUCCCUAAAUGUUAUGCAUUUUGUAUGUCUUUCUAAAAUACCUGUUGGGAUGUAAGUGUAUCUGUUUUUGAAUGCACUAACAACCACAGCGGAGUAUGUAGAAGAAGGUACAGGAAAGUAGGAGAAAGGUGUAUAUAUAUUAGUUUAGAAAAUAAUACGUUAUGUUUUCCUGAAAAAUAUAGUCCAGACAAAACUAUUCGUAUUUCCCAAAUGAACUUGAUUUCUUGUUGUGGAAGGAAAGUGCUGGUUUAUAUUGUGGUUUAUAUUUUCUGUCAGUUAGCUGGGGCAAAAAGCGGGAGUUUUUCUUUUAACAGUGGUUUUAGCUCAGUGGUGUUUACAUGGAAAAUCAAGCCCUCAAAUGGAAAUGCAUGUAAAUCUGAAAGACAAGGAACCAGACACCAUUAUGAUGCAUAGGAACCACGAUGCAUUGGAACAGACAAUAUUAAUUUACAAUGCAUAUCGGAACUGGGUGGAUUGUUUGUUUACAACAGCAAGAAUUUGACAUAUUCUGCAGUAUUUCAAAUGUGCACCCUGCAAGCCAGUCAUCUGCCUGUUUAUUCAAAAUUAAGUCUUUGGGGCUUGCAGGCACACAUAGAAUUGCAAGUUUAAUUAGCCAACAGUCAGAAUCCAGGAUGAACUGGGAUUAAGGCACGUUUUGCACAAUACUAGAUGCCAUUUUCAUUUGCCAAAGAAGUAGACUUCUUUUUAGGCCAGGAAUCUGGCACAAAACUGGAAGUUGGUAUAAAAUGGGGCAAGAAGAAAUGUACCAGCACUUUGGCAGCUGGGGCAUUCUAAUGAGUCCAUCAUUUAUCUUGGAUGAUGAUGUUUAGCAGGAGGUCACCAUCUCCCCUCUGUUAUCUCAACAGAUGGAGAACCAGUAGCAGUAGUUACUAAUAAGGCUGUAUAUCUUGCUCAUGUUAAUUUCGUAUUAAAUCAUCUUGAACGGAGUACAAAUAUUUGUCCCUUGUAAAACUGCAAAGGACUGGACCUUCUAAAAUAUUAUUUAGCUUGUUUUGGUCUUGUACCUUGUAAUUAAAUUACUUAAAAGAUGACCAUUCAUCAAUCUGUAAUAAAUUACUAUUUUUUUCUAUUUUCAGAACUUCAAAGUUGGUAUGAUAUGGUUUAUGCUAAAUUAGUACUGCAUAUCUGACCCAAAAAUCAUUAACAUUAGCACUGAAGCCCCAUAUUAU